GAAACCAGGCCCAAGCUUUGUACACCUGCAACUAUCCCAACUAACACUUCGCCCUCGUCUUCUCCGCCCGCUUCCUCCCCUUUUCUUCUCUCUUCCUCUCUCCGCUUCACUUUCUCUGUCUCAUUCACUCCAUUUCUCUCACUUCCCCUCUCCUCUCAAAUCUUUGUGCUACCUACAAUGGCUUCCCUCACUAAAUUAUCCCUCUCCAAUUCCAAUUCCCCUGCAAUCUCCUUCUCAUCUUCUCUUUCCUCCUCCACUACCUCUCUCCAAUGGCGCCCUUCCACCGCACUUCCCCCCAAUCCUCGCCGGAAACUUACCAGAGUUUCCGCCAAAAUCCGCGAGAUCUUCAUGCCGGCAUUGAGCUCGACGAUGACGGAGGGGAAGAUUGUGUCGUGGUCCAAAUCGGAGGGUGAUGUUCUUCGAAAAGGCGAAGCGGUUGUUGUUGUGGAGUCUGAUAAAGCGGACAUGGAUGUCGAGACUUUCUAUGAUGGAAUUCUCGCUGCCAUUGUUGUCCCUGAAGGUGAAAGUGCUCCUGUCGGAGCUCCGAUUGGGAUAUUAGCUGAAUCCGAAGAGGAAAUCGAGGAGGCAAAAGCUAGGGCUUCUCAGUCGGGAUCGAAAUCGGAGGCGAAAAUUGAUCCUCCGGCUUCGCAGGCGACUCCUACAGUUGAUGUUCCGGUGGCUACUCCGCCUGCGCCGGCGGAUGGUGGGAGAAAGGGGGUGGCGACUCCUUUUGCGAAGAAGUUGGCAAAGCAGCAUAAGGUGGAAUUGAAUUCGGUUAAGGGGACGGGGCCAUUUGGGAGGAUCACGCAGGAGGAUGUGGAGAAGGCGGCUGGAAUCGUGAAGCCAUCGCUUGCAAUUGCUUCGCCGCCUGCUGUUGCUGCUGCUCCGCCUUCAUCGGCUCCUGCAAAGGUCGCUGGCGGUAGUGCUGGCAGUUUCACUGAAAUUGAGGGGUCAUCUGUGGUGCCAUUCACAACAAUGCAGGCGGCUGUAGCGAAGAAUAUGAUGGAGAGUUUGUCAGUGCCCACUUUUCGGGUUGGGUAUCCAGUGGUGACUGAUGCGCUUGACGCUCUUUAUGCUAAGGUUAAGAAGAAGGGUGUGACAAUGAGUGCUUUGCUAGCGAAAGCGGCAGCAAUGGCGCUUGUUCAGCAUCCUGAAUUAAAUUCUACAUGUAAGGAUGGGAAGAGCUUUACUUAUAAUAGCAGUAUUAACAUUGCUGUUGCUGUGGCAAUCAAUGGAGGAUUGAUCACACCUGUUUUACAGAAUGCAGACAAGUUGGAUUUGUAUUUGUUAUCCCAAAAAUGGAAAGAACUAGUAGAGAAGGCUCGUGCCAAACAAUUGCAGCCUCAUGAGUAUAAUUCAGGUACUUUCACCUUGUCAAAUUUGGGCAUGUUUGGAGUUGAUAGAUUCGACGCUAUCCUUCCUCCAGGCCAGGGAGCCAUUAUGGCUGUGGGAGCAUCAAAGCCUACUGUUGUUGCUGAUGCUGACGGUUUCUUCUCAGUAAAAAAUAAAAUGCUGGUCAAUGUCACAGCUGAUCACCGAAUCAUCUAUGGUGCUGACUUAGCUGCCUUCCUCCAGACCUUUUCAAAUAUCAUCCAAAACCCAGACAGUUUAACAAUGUAGAUCACAAGCGGAAUCUCGAAAAUAACAGUGACUAAUUUGCAGCCUUGAAGUAUGUGUUGGACAAACAGAGGAGCUAUUACUGUGAUACAGAUCUAGAGGAUUUCCGGAGAUUUUGGCUACAUCAAAAUUUAGAUAUACCUACAGGAUUUGUGUUUUGUUGUAUUUUUUUUCUGGAAAUAAUUAGAUUGUUGGUUUUGAUAGAGUUUUACGGUUUCACCAUUUGUUAUCUGUUUAUGACGUUGCUGUUUCCGAUACUGGACAAGCAACAAUUGAACUUAAUAAUUUGUUUGUAUUUAGUAAAUCUGUUUUUAUUUUGAUAAA